AUGCAGCCCACCAACUUCUCCAGCGGCGGCGGAGGUCUGUUCUCCACCAGAUCAGGGGCCAGCAGGACGCCAACAUCGACGAGGCCCAGCACGAGCAGCGGUUUUCAUUAUCGCGCACCGUCCUUCAGGCGCAAGAAUUCCCUAUCCUCAAAGUUCCCUCUCAAUUUCUCUGCGGUCCCUUACAGAGGCAUCAAUUCGUCCGAGGCCGAUCAAGAGCUAGAACGAGACCUCCAGCAAAGCUCCUUCGGCAGCAACAAGCGGUUUACCACGGAUGGUGUGCCAUCUCCUACCGAUUCACAUAUAUCUAUAGCGCCCUAUGUCAAUAUGCUGGCCAGACCUGGGACCGCACAUCAGGGGAUGACCGUCCCCGUUAACUUUCAACCUAUAUUAACGCCUAGCCCGACCUUGGAGAAUAUUACAUAUCAGCAUAUACAGGAGACAUCCUCGAAAAGGAUAUCUACAUUGGACUAUCUGAGAAAAGCUCAUGAAGGACGAGUCUACUGGUUCAAUACACUAUUAUUCAACAAAUCCGAUUUACAACGCAUGCCAUAUUUCGACACCCGCAAACUGGCACGGCGCGCAACGAAUUACCUCCUUCUCGGCCUCUCACUACCCACCAUCCUCGACCUCAAUUCUUCCAAUUGCCAUGAAUUCCUAAAGACCUUGAAUGCCCUCCUAGCCGAAUUCGAGACCUACCAACAAAUACAUCCACCCGAUGGAUCGACUUCCAUGUCCCGCGGCCGCUUUCCGCAGAUGUUUAAACGGGCCACAACUUCUGCCGGUAAGGGCCGACGGACAAGCUCGGCGGCAGAGAUAGGACUUCCAAUGGGCAACGACUCCUCUGAUUCGAAGGCGGCCAAUGGAAACGCUGCUGGGGGAGGAACAAGUUCUGCUACAUCAUUCGCUCUUGGGGAGACCGACCUCCUACCCGGAGAGGAAUAUACAUAUUUAUUAACGCCAUCACUGCCGUUUGAUCCUGAUUUUUACGAGACUUUUGCGACGCUGUGCGAUGUUUUGAUCGACUGUUAUACGAAGCUGAUGGGCUUGGUGGGUUCCCCAAGGGAAUGCAAUCCCGCCAUGGCAGAAUUAUUCACGAAAGCGGAUGCUAGGGUUAGGAAGAUUAUUGUACAAGGGGUGGUGAAGGACUUCGAAGACAGCAGCAGGGCUGGUGUUAAGAGCGAAAUCGCGGGCGUGGGUCGAGUCGUUCUUGGCGGUUUGAUGUGA